AUGGUACAGAUAUCUGUGGUGCUUCUAAUUCUAGUCGAAUUACAUUUAUCAUAUGCCUGUGCGGCUACAUCUCCCGGAUCGUCAAUUCCACGAACGACUACCGCCUCUCCGGGUAUCAGAACCACCUCCUCAACUGCGCCAAGGACGUCAACCACAACUGUCCGAGCCCCUAUAGCCGCUUGCCAGACGUGCACCGUCGAACAAGUUUCCUUCGACAAAGCUAAUGGAGAUCCUACGAGCAUAGACUCAAGCUCUAGGGUGGAAGCUCCUGAUCCAGCAACUGGUUGUCUUCGACUGACAGCUAUCUGCGCCGCUCAACCUGGCUUCUUCGGUUUCAUGGAGUUUAACAUCAAUGAAGGGGGUCCGGAAGAAAAUUUGGAUGUUGUGCAGGUUGUUGAAGCAUUGCUAGAAUGCAGGGAUGGUGCUUGGUACUACCGUACUAUCCCUAGACAAGUGAAUUCAGUACAGUGUAUAGAAGCAGCGCCCUAA